ACGUCACAGUUUACAAUGUUCGACACGUGAGGAAUAGCAUGAAUGCAGAUGCCAGGCUUGUUACACGUUUCAUUUUCAUGGAGGACGGUUGAGUAUUAAAAUUCUUGUUUUGGUAAAUAUUUCUUACAAAUGGCAGAUUAAAGAAGAAUGGAGACUUGUUUAGAAGAUCAGGCGGCAAAAAGGAUAAAACUCGAAGUCAAUGACAGACCUUUGAAUUUUGCAAUCAACCCAGAUGAGUUUGAUUUGCAAUGUGUGAAGAAACCGAAAAUCCCAAGGGACCCGAUGUCCCACCGCAUUAUAGAGAAGAGACGGAGGGAUCGCAUGAACAACUGCUUGGCGGAACUCAGUCGUUUGAUCCCAGCUAAUUAUCUCAAGCAGGGCCAGGGGAGGAUUGAGAAGACAGAGAUUAUAGAGAUGGCCUCCAAACAUAUCAGACACCUACAGAAUCUCAACAAUUUCCACGGUGGUCAUUUGGAGAAUUUCCAGGUUGAUGGUGCGGGGCGGGCCUGCUGUGAGGACAAGUUCUACAUGGGCUUCAAGGAAUGUCAGGACGAAGUGAUGAGGUACUAUGUAGAGUUUGAGGGGCGUGACAUCAAGGACCCGGUGUGUAUAAACAUCGGGAAACACCUGGAACAGGCCAGUCAGAAGUUCCUCCCCAAACAUGUGAAGGAUCAUGCCAGAACCAUCAAAUCUGAUGAGAUUGUAAUUAACGACACAAAUAGCAAUCAGAGUUCCAGUAACUUGAUGCUCGAGCCCCAGGCCGCACCCCCUAGGUCUGCCCCUCCUGAGUCCCCAUCCAAUGGCAAUCAGGACCGUUUCUUGAGGACCCUCCUCUUACCUAAGGAAACCUCAGCGAGUUCUUUCAGUAGUUCUAGCCACUCUUACAGUGGGUCAAACAUCUCGGAGGAGUCUUAUCUGUAUCCCAUGUCCACGAGGAACCCCGAGGGGCACCAGGCUCAGGGUCGCGAGGAGACAGAGGGGUCAUACUCGGUCAGUAGUCACUCCACGGAGAAAUUAAAUCAUUCCACUGAUUCUGAUAGAGACAGUAGUCAUAAUGGAAGUUCUAAGGAAAGUCACGCAUACAAAUUAAAACACAACAUCAUGAAGCGCUUCUCGCAGGAUGAGAAACGGGAGCACCACCACCACCAGGGGACGCCGCCGAGCGAUACUUCCUCCAGCAGUUCGCGGGAGGACGAGAAAAUGAGGAGAAAGUAUCUGCGUCACAAGCCCCGCCCCCAAAGUAGUGAAACCAGUUCUGUUCACAGCAGCUCAUCGGGAAGUGACUGUCAGUCAAAUAACAUUCCAUUGCCAGCCUUUGUGUUAAACCCCGACGGAACUCAUUAUCUCCCCAUCUGCAUCCAUCCUUCAUUUCUCGAAAACAUUUUCCUGAAGAAGGAGUCGGGUAAAAAUUCUAUUUAUCACCCUAUAAGCAUCCCGGUCAAUUUCGAUGGGCCUUAUAUUGCCAUGCCUCAGUCACCACUGAGUCAGCCCUGUGGUUUGUCAGGCAGCAAUAUCCAUAAAGACCGGAUGUUGGGCAUUCCAGAAGUUGUCAACUAGAAGAAAAUUUCAUUUUUUUUCCACUGUUAUUUUUAUUAAAAAAAAAUUGUCUGUAGUAUUAUCUGUUGUUCUGAUGAGUUAUCUGUUUCGAAGAUUAUUCAUGGAUCAGUUGUUAACAUGGAUACCAUACAUGUUGCUGUAGUGCUAGUACUGUAAAAUUGUUAAUGUACAGAUGUUAAAAUUUUUAUUUUGUUGAAGAACUUUUUCUACAAAUGGGGAUUCAUCAUAUUGUUAUGUUGUAAGCUACAGUUCAUUUGUUAUCAUAUUUUAUCAUUUCUGUUCAUGUUUCUUCAGUAGCAGCUUUUUUCACUUUUAUGUUGAUUGAGCCAUUAUAAAAUGGAUACAUAAUAUAUUGGUAUCAUUUUAUGUGGACAGUUUUUAAGGUGCUCUUUUUUCUGUCUUAUAAACUCUUAACUUUCUGUUGUAACAAUUUUUAACUUUUGUGUAGUUUAAAUGAUUUGUAUUUAUUUUUCAAGUAAAUUAUGUUCAAGAUGGUUUGUUAAAGCAAUAUUCAGGGAAUAUUGGGAAAGAGAAGUCCUUUUUUAGUCAGUUAGGAAGCUUUUGUAUAUAUUCUGUAUAGUUUUGUUUGUGUUGAGUAUGGCAUUAGAAUCCAAACAUUAUCUGAAUGUAGUUUUGCAUCAUUUUUUUUUCUUCUGCAUUAUUGAAAUAAACUAAGUACAUGUACCUUUAUAAGGCAGCCAUUUUUUUCAAAAAAUAUGAUCAUUUUUCUCCAUCCCACAAAAUAUAUCAGAUAUGACCUCUGUAAAAUAUCUUUUAAUUAGGUAAUAAAAAUUAUACUAAUAUUUUGGCUUAGAUAUAUUGGAGAGGGAUCAGGGGUCGUGACCCUUUUUGUGUUGCUUAUAAGUGUCGAUAGGUCAUGACCCUUUAGAUGAGAAAAAACACUUACGAUUACAAUAGUCUCAACUUGCAUCAUUUUCAGGGAAGGGUCACAAUUCUUUCCUUUUAAUGCUUAAAUGUCUAUAUUAAACUGUCUUAUGUUAUGAAUCUUGUACAUCUAGCAGAGAAGCAACAGAACUUGAUAUAUAAAUGUGACAUCCUUUUUUCUUGAAUGGCACUUGUGUGAUUGAAUGAGCAUUGAAUGUUGGUUUUCCGUAUCAUAUAUAAUCUUUAUUUUAUUCAGUACUAGAUUACGGCUUUGAACAGUAAAUUUAAUAUUUACUGGAUAAAGAAAUUGUAAAAAGUUGGUGAUGAAAAUAGCUUCUUCAUGGUUUUAUAAUUAUUCUGUUAAAUGCACUAGGUACAGUGAUGUUUCACUUGUUUUUAUGUACAGUACUGUUCUGAAUUUUUUCCUACUCUAAGUGAAGCAUUUUUGCAAGAUAUUCUUGCAUAUUCAAGCUUAAUUAUGAAUGAUGUUAUCUUACUCACUGUUAAUUCAGUGAUAUUUGUUGAUGUUUUUUGAAUUAAAUGUUACAUAUUUUUA